AUGGGUAGAAUUGAGAACAUGUUCGAACAAAUGAUGAACAAGAAUCACGACUCGGAUGCCCAAUUAGCCUCCCACAACACUUCGAUCCGGAACUUAGAGGUGCAACUUGGACAAAUAUCACUAUCUCUCAAAACUCGCCCAAAGGGUGCACUACCAAGUGAUACGGUGGUGAACCCCAAGGGUGGGCACAAUAACCAUGUCAUGGCAGUGAAAACGCGUAGCGGGAGAGGGGGUGAUGUGCAAGAAGCUCAAGUUAGGGUUGAUGAUGAUGAGUUGCGGGAAGAUGAUGUCCCAUUAGUGGUUGAAGAUAUUGUUGAACCAAGUGUGAGGAAUGAAGUGAGAAUAGAUAUUGAUGAGGGUGAGGAGGAGACCCAAGAGGCCGUGAACCCGUCUAGGGAACACGUCAUUGACAUGCCGGAACCUACGUUCAUGAAGGACUUGGUUACUAAGAAGAGAUUUAUGGAGUGCGAGACUAUCAAGAUGACGCAUCAAGUGAGUUCCAUUGUGCACUCCAUGGCUCCAAAGCUAGAGGAUCCCGGUGCAUUCACAAUACCAUGCACCAUUGGAAGCGCAGAUUUUACAAAGGCCCUAUGUGACUUGGGGGCAAGUAUCAAUCUCAUGCCUUAUUCGGUGUUCAAAACUUUGGGAAUCGGGCAACCUCGCCCGACCUCCAUGAAGCUUCAAAUGACGGACCGAUCUAUGAAGCGGCCCUUGGGAAUUAUUGAUGAUGUCCUCGUUCGUGUUGACAAGUUUAUAUUGCCGGCGGACUUCAUGAUCUUGGAUUACGAGGUGGAUUUCGAGGUGCCUAUCAUUCUUGGAAGGCCUUUACUAGCUACGGGUAAGGCAUUGGUUGAUGUAGAGGCGGGAGAAUCGACUUUCCGCGUUGGUGAUGAAAAGUGGUUUUCCAUGUAUGCAAGUCUAUGCGCCAACCAAAUAGCACCGAAGUGUGUUAGUUUGUCGACAUUGUCACGGCGGUGA